CGCGACGACUAGCCGACCAGGCAGUCAAAGAACGAAAAAAAAAAUCGAAUUUGCAGCCAGAAAAACAACAUCAGGCAGGAGAAACUUUCGGCAAAAUCGCAAAGUUUGCAUCAUUUUUCCGCCGUAAAGUACGCUUCCGGAGUAAGCUGCCUCACCUGAACGAUGGACGCGACCACAAAAGUGCUCGAUGGAUAUUUGAGAAAAGCGGUCAACCCCGGUAACGCCGAUCUGGACGUUUCCGCCCUGGACCAGUUCUGCAUGACGAUCAAGAACGACCCGAAAUUGAUGGCCUUGGCGCCCCAGCUGCUGGCCGUCCGGAUUCAGUCGGGGAAUAGUCGUGAAGCGCUGCUGGCACUUGAGGCGUUGGAGGAAUGCAUGGAAACCUGUGGCCGAGAGUUCCGAUCCGAGAUCAACAAGUUUCGCUUCCUGAACGAGCUGAUUAAGCUGGUUUCGAAAAAGUUCGACGGAGAUCGAACUCCGCGAGAGGUUUCCGAGAGGAUUCUCAACAUCCUGCUCACGUGGACGACCAAGUACGACAACUGCGCCAAGAUCCAGGAAGCGUACAAACUCCUAAAAACGCAAGGAAUCGAGCACCAUCCUCAGCAGAACGUGGUCCUUAAGACGGCCCCCAAAGCCGCAACCGAUGCCAAUCGAGGGUCGCUCGACGAAAAAGAGUUUGCAAAGCUGCGCCAGUUGAUCAACAGCUCCAAGCAGGAAGACCGCGACAAGGCGAACCUGCUGAUCCAGAACUUUUACCGCGAUGACGAGCGGCGCACCCAGAUGAAGCACCGGCGGCUGGCCGAAGUGCAGAAAGCGGCCGAAAACACCAAACUGCUGGACGAUAUGCUUUCCCAGUACCGACAGGGCGAGACAACGGAGGACGAGCUGGCGAUUUACCGGCAGAUUUACGAGUCCUGCGAGGGCAUGCACCCGACGAUUGUGAAGCUCGCGGAGGACACGCAGCACAGCGAGGGAAUGUUGGAUCUGUCUCAUGAGAACGGAGUAAAAAACCUAGCAAAAUUCUGGACCUUAGCUAGUGAAUUUGAAAAAAUCUUCGAAGUAAACGACAGCCUUACCCAAGUGAUGGACAGGUACCGCCAACUAAUUCUGCACCAGGCUCCCUCAAACGAUCAGCCGGCUGCGUCCACCGCCUCGGUCAAUUCUCCUUCAGCGUCGUCAACCCACUCGAAGACGACCUCCGCCUCGAUGAACAUUACCGGGUCCGAUCCGCUGGACACCCUGUUUGACAUCUCGACCAUUCCGACGGCCAGCAGCGAACCCGCCCGAAGUGUCUUUGAAGAUCUCAGCGAUAUCUUUUCGGCCACGACGGUCAGUCCGAGCACGGCCAGUAUUGCCGCCAAUGGGAUCGACUCUGUGUCGGCUCCAGCGACGGCCUGUUCUGUCCAAAGUGAUACGAUUUUGACGCCGCUGGUCGUCAACAGUAACGGGACGACUGGGAUUGGAGGGGAAGUUCCUCGGUUGAUGCAGCUGGCGGCCGGUAGUGGGCAGAACAACAACAAGUAUGCGGAGUUGAAAAAUUUGAAGCCAGCCCUUGACCCCACGCUGGUGAACGGAAACGGCAUCGCGUCCAAGAAACCCUCCAGCACCGGUACCAACUCCACCAAGCUAGACUCGUCCAGCACGGGAAAAUCAAUUCUCGACUUGGACUUUCUCGUUAGCGGUAUCAAAUCAACGCUGCUAGCGGGCCCAUCCGCGACCCCAGCAGAAGAAAUUCCUCCCCCAACCCCAGAACAACCCCUUCCGGCGAUUGACGAUGACGACAAGGUGCUAAGUUUGAGCACGCCCGUGGCCGAAAACAUUCCGGAACCGUCGUUCCCAACACCAUCAGCGGUCGUGGCAACCCCAAAACCGGAGUUUAAAUCUCUCGCCGAGAUCGUAAUCGACCUGGACAACAUCCAGCCCAGCCAAGAACCGUCCCGUACCGUUCUGGACGACAAGGCGGGCCUGCAGAUUACGCUGAACUUUGCCGCGGACCACCCGCGCCCCGACGUGACAGUAAUCGUGAUCUCUACCAUCAACCAGGGCCGCGACCCUAUCCCGAGCUUUCACUUUGACGCGAGCGUCCGGAAGCCGUGCAAGUUGCGCCUGCUGGACGCGUCCGGGGCCAGUCUUCCCGGCACGAAACCAUUCCGACCGCCGGCCGAUGGCGUCACGCAGGUGCUGCUGCUGGCGAACCCUUCCGGCGAACCGGUCGACCUGACCUGCAUCCUGACGUACUGUGUGGGUGAUGAUCCCGAUCCGGUGAAGGAGUCGAUCGUGAUGAAGGACGUCCCGUUUGUGAGGGAUUAGGCAGCGCUUUUACUUAAUCGUUUCGAAUGCGGACAGACUGUGAUGAUUCGUUGGACAUUGUGUGGUUAGGAUUUACGUUAUUAUGUUUUCUUUCCCCCCGAGCGUAACAAAUCAAACUGAUUUAAUCAGAGGCAGCUUAGUUUUCACAGGAAUUGUUUUGAAUUAGAUUAUCUUUUGUUGUUUGUUUUAGAAAAAGUGACCAAAAAUGUGUUGAAAUUUUUUGCGUGAUUCAGUUUCUGUCGAGAACAAAAAGUCGACGAGUUUUACUCAAUAAUCCCCAUUUUUUACAUUUUAGGGGAAAUAUGCCCAUUUUAAUCACCCUAAGCCGUUCGACCAAUUCUCAUCACUUUUGCCGUUUUCCGCUAUUAAAUCAAGAUUUUCAGAUGUAUCAACAAUGGAGAGUUG